GCACUUCUCUCCUCCUCCACGCUUCUCUCUCUCUCUCUCUAUCUUCUCUCUCUCUCUCUCUAUCUUCUCUCUCUAAAUCUAUAUGCGCACAAAAUCUUUCUCUCUCUACUCCGCAGCUAAACGCCGUUUGAACCGGUCGUCUUCCAUUUUUCAGCGCUUUAUUACUCUCCUUUUCAUCACUCCUUUCUCUCUCUAGGGUUUUGAAUUCGAUUGAUUCUUCAACGCCUGACCUACCUCCUUAUCUACUUCGUUCUCCUCUCUUUUGUGCUACGCAUAUCCACUUUCUCUCUCUAGAAAUGACUACCUCUGCAAUGAAGAACAGCUUACUACCUCCCGGCUUGGUCUCCAAUCUCGAACAGGUGCUUCUGAGCCGCAAGGCAGGUGGCGCCGCCGCCGCCGCAGCCGGAGAAGGACACCAGGAUCGACAACCUGAGUCCAACAAGGACGAUUUGGCGGAGCCUUCAUCUUCGAAUUCGAAUUCUAAUUCCGGCGGUGCUGCCGGCGAGCUCGAUAGCUCGAAGCCUAUUAUUUUGGUGACUAAUGCCGAUGGGAUUGAGUCCCCUGGGCUCACUUGUCUCGUCAAUGCUCUGGUUUUACAAGGCCUCUACAAUGUUCAUGUCUUGGCUCCUCAAUCAGAUAAAUCUGUAGCUGGUCAUUCUGUUACACUGAGAGAAACUGUUGCAGUGACUUCAGCUGAUAUUCAAGGUGCAACUGCUUAUGAAGUUUCUGGGACUACUGUAGAUUGUGUCUCUUUGGCUUUAUCUGGUGCACUAUUUUCAUGGUCAAAGCCUCUAUUGGUAAUAAGUGGAAUCAACAAGGGCUCAUGCUGCGGCCAUCACAUGUUUUACUCAGGUGUUGUAGCAGGUGCCAGGGAGGCAUUGUUUAAUGGUGUUCCAUCCAUAUCAAUAUCUCUUAAUUGGAAGAGCAAUGAAAGCCAGGAAAGUGACUUCAAGGAUGCUGCAAGUGUUUGUUUACCUUUAAUUACUGCAGCUAUUAGGGAUAUAGAGAAGGGUGCUUUCCCCAAAUUUUGCUCACUUAAUGUGGAAAUUCCAACCUCUCCUCUGGCUAACAAGGGAUUCAAAUUAACAAAGCAAAGUCUUUGGAGAUCAACACUAAACUGGAAUGCUAUUCCAGCCAACAGGAAUCUUGCUUCAUCGCGCUUUCUCUCUAAUCAGCAAAGUCUUGGCUUGCAGCUUGCUCAGCUUGGCCGAGAUGCUUCUGCUGCUGGUGCUGCGCGCCGUUUGACCACACAGAGGAAGAGUAUGGAGGUUGUUGAAUCAGUUGGUGUUGCUGGAAAGUCUGAUCCCAAACGGACUGUCAAGUACUUCAGAUUGGAGUUACUUGACAAGAAGCAGGAAGAAGAGGAUGAGGAUUUAGAUUUCCAAGCACUUGAAAAUGGCUUUGUUGCAGUCACUCCAAUAUCUCUUUCAUCGCAUGAACAGGACAUCCGGUCAGCUGCUUCAGAGUGGAUAUCGACUGCCUUACAAGAAGAGCGACAAAAGACUUGUUAACCUCGCUAUAUUUAAUUCUUUUGUACAUUUAAAGGUGAAUUGUUUCAAUGAAGUGUUCAAAGUGUGUGUCGGGUUGUAACAUUGGUGCCGUGGCUAUUUAUCCUCUGCCCUUUCCAAUACUAACUUCCCCAAUCUUUUACAUUUCUGUGUUGAAGCCAAUUCUUCCCAUUUUAAUUUAAAAUUUGGCAGGCAUGUUUGUAAAGUAGUAAAGUACCUUCACCCCCCACCCCCCCUCUGAUUAUAUUUCCUGUCGGUUUUGGUUGGCAGCUUUGGUGAUGUGGGUUUGUUUGUUGAAUCAACAUUUUUGUAAGAAGAAACAGUGCAGGUCUAAUUUAUUAUAGGUCCUGUGCCCUUCCUAGAGAGUUGAAUGUACUGCAUCUUUCAUUCUAAUUAAAGCAAUUACUGAAUCUCA